UAUUUCAAUGCGGGAGUUUCGCACUGCUUUGCUGUAUUGCAAGAUGAGGCUGGUUUCUGAAACAUUUCUGUUGCUGCACACUUCAACAUGCAGCAACUGAUGAUAAUACAGGGAAUUCUGGGAUAGCAAAUCUGCUGACAACAGCAUGGACAACAAAAAGAUGUUGCCUCAUUUUGUCGGGGUUGAACACCCAUCUGAAAGGUCUCAUAAGAAGAAACAUGGAUCACAAGUUGAGCAGGAGCAAAUUCAGAAAAGAACCUUCACGAACUGGAUCAAUGCCCAGCUGUCUAAGAGGAGUCCUCCAGUUACAGUGGUGGAUCUUUUCAAUGAAUUCAGAGAUGGAAGCAGACUAUUGGACUUGCUGGAGGUGUUGAGUGGUCAGAGAAUGAGCCGAGAAAAAGGAAGAGGGACAUUUCAGCACAGAACAAACAUUGAGAAAGGCCUAGCGUUCCUUAAGAGGAAAUCGAUCAAACUGGUCAACAUCAGUGUCUCGGACAUCAUGGACGGGAAGCCUUCCAUCAUUCUGGGUCUCGUCUGGACCAUCAUCAUGCACAUUCAUAUCGAAGAGUUGGCCAGCACAUUGAACUUUAGUUCUCGCCAGUCGUCUCUGGAGUCACUGACGAGUUUAGACACUCGUUCGACCAUCAGCAGUGCCCGCAGCAGUCCGGUGCCACCCCAUGGUUCACCCCUGCACACCCGUUUCCGCGUAUCUGCCAAGAAAGCCCUGCUGCUGUGGGUCAGAGAGCAGUGCCAAAAGGCUGGUUGUACUCUGAAUGUGAAGGACUUUAAGGCGAGCUGGAGAAGUGGUGUAGUGUUUUUGGCAAUACUUCAUGCUCUGAGACCGAAUAUAGUGGACCUAACCAGAGCCCGAACAAGAACCAACAGACAGAACCUGGAGGAAGCCUUCCACAUUGCUGAAAGAGAACUUCACAUCCCCAGACUACUAGAUCCAGCCGAUGUUAAUGUUAGGGAUCCUGAUGAAAAGUCUAUUAUGACAUAUGUUGCUCAGUUCCUGCAGUACUCUAAAGAUGCUUCUGUUUCUGAUGAGGAAAUGCAGUAUCUCACUCCUCCUCAGCGCCUCUCUCCUGUCAAUCUGCCAUCAGAAUUUACUCCUUCUAUAGCUGCAUCAGCUUUAAGAAAGACCUCAGCCAAUCAGAAGGCUCAGGAGGUCACAUGCUGGUUGGAUCAGGCCUAUCAGGAGCUAAUAGAGGGGUGGGACUCCACUGAAGGAGAGAGCUAUGCUGAGAGAUACCAGGUCUUCCACACCUUCAUUGUGUCCUUUAACGAGCAGCGGCGGCCUGUAAUGCCAUUACUAACAGCGAUGAAGAGGACUCCUCAUCUUAGUGCAGAGCAGAAAGCUCUUAGACGAGCCUGGGAUGCUCUUGCUAAGAAGCUACGUGAGUAUAAAACAGAGCUGGACCUGAGCCUUCCAUCCCCACUGGAUACUGUAGGCCGCUGGUUAUUGCGUAUUGAAGAGGUUUUAUUUGCUGAAGAGGGCGAGCCAAUAGAUCACGCCCGAGCCGCAGAGGAGGCUCGGGAGAAACUUGAGCUACUAAAGGUGUGUUUGGAGGAGAUGCCACAUCAUAUCAAGAGGUUUAAUAUGUUUCAAAACACAAAUGAGUUUGGAGAGGCUCUGGUGCCAGCAGACAAGAUGGAAGAGAUGAAGAGAAGGUUCACCAGUGUCCGUGUAACAGCUAAAUAUCAUGGUAUUAAGCUGGAGUACCGUGAGCGCAGACACACAGUGUUAGACCUGCUGAAUCAACUCAACAUUAAACUGCGAUCUUGGAAAAGAGCCUACAUUUCCCAGGAGGCUGUUCGUGUGCUAAUGCAGGACUGGAAUGAGACUGUGAACAAACAGGAACUGGCUUCUUUGCUGGAUGGAGCCCUCCAUAGACUCAAACUAAUCGCGAACAAAUACACCAGCAAGGCUGCCUUGGCUGGAGACUCGACUCAGGUAAAUCGUCAGGUGGCUGAUCUGGAAGCAGAUGUGAGAGCGACUCUGGAGGGUGUACGGAUGGUGAGAGGAACUAUGGGACGCGUGUUGGCAGCAUGGGACUCUUACAGUGAUAUCUACACCUCAAUGCGAGCAUGGCUGGAGCAGGGUCCACAUGCCCAGCGACACGGACAGAGUACAGAGGUGACAUUAUCAGUUAUGUCAGAGUGGAGUUCCCGCCAAGCUCACCUGAAUGAGGUGGCCAACUACUUGACAGAGGUCACAGACCCACAGACAAGCCGUGCUAUUUCAGAUGAACUCUGCAAGAUAAAUCUGCUCUGGGCUGACUUUGCCAAAACAGCCCAGUUUUCUUUAGCUGAGGAGCCCAGUGCUGGCCCAUCCAGUCCUCAGACAGUUCAGUCUCUGAUAAGGGAGGCCACUCAGUUACUUAAAGAACCUGUGGAGGUUGUUUCUGGAUCACUACGUACUUACACGAAGAGAUUACAGCUUAUGAUGAAGAAAAUAAAGGAUGUGGAUCUAGAAGCCCUCUUUCCAUCUCUAGACUGCUCUCCAGAAACCCUGAGCAAACUUCAGCAAGCCAUUCCUGAAGUCCUGCAGACACUCUGUGAGGCUGAGCAGGUGUGUGAUGAGCUGCGUGUGAGUGUUAGUGGGUUGGACGGGCGUCUAGCUGAACUGUCACACUGGGAGAUGGAAGCCAGAGAUCUCUAUCAGCUACUAAAGGAGGAAGCGCACAGGCAGAAGAAAGGACAAGAUCCCAGAGCACGGCUGUUGAUAUCAAGGGGUUUACAGUUAGAGGGUCAGGUGGUUAUGGAGGAACAGGAUCUGCAGGUGAUGGUCAUGACUAAUCAAAAGACUUCACCACUGCAGUAUCUCAUUGCAUCCACCAUGCAGGACAGAGUCCGCACUGCUGUUGAAAAGUCACAGGAAGCCAUAGGGAUGCUUAGCUCUUUGGGGGCUUGCAGAGACCGAAGCCCUGUUAGAGACCAGCCCCCUUCCAAGAUCUUUGUCCAAUAUCAGGAGACAGAGGAAGAGUCCCAAAAACCCUCCUUCCCUGUCUCUCCAUCAGGAGCCCCUGGCCAACCAGAACCUCAGCCUGCAGUCAGGGCCAAAGUUCCAGAAAAAUCUCAAAUACUCUCAGAUGUAUCUUCUAAAGCAGUAGACCUCAAGGCCCAGCAAUGUAGUCAGCCUUUGCCAAUGAUUGUUGUGCAAGAGUAUGAAGAGGAGAAAAGUAGUCCACAACCACAAAUGCAUCCCUCUGUGCAAGUGAAAGACUCUCAGUCCAUUGAAGUUAAUUCAGAGAAAGUUGUCCAUGCUCAAACAAAACUCGACAUAGAGCAUCAUGUAGAAAGCCAGGAAUCUUUACCACAGUCUGUGACACAACAACAGAUAGAAAAAGGUCCAGUAGCUGGCCAACCCUCACAGAACCUACAACAAGCAGAGUCACAAGUACAUAAUAAACAACAAUUAGCAACACAGCCACAUGUGCACAUUCAUCAACAAGAGAAAACUCAGCUUGCAAAACAGCAGAAGGUUCAACCACAAGUAUCAAUCCAGUCACAGCCUCAGGGUCAACUAGAAGCACAAACACAGCAAGCUCCAAAGCAGCAGAGGAAAGUAAAGAAGUCCCAGGCACAUCUGCAGAACAGACCUUGGCUUCAACAGAGGAGUCAACCAGAAAAUGUUAUCCAAAACUCAAUGCCACAGUUGGUCCCACAAUCUCAGUCAGAGCCUGAGGAAAAAUGUCAAAUAAGUUCUCAAGCACCACCACAGCAUAUAGUAGCUGUUAGCUCACCUGAGGCUCAGGGACCUGCUCAAGGCACAGCACAGUCAAAAAGCAUUGUUAAGAGUGGUGAGAAACACCUGAAGCCAGCUCAGUCUGUUGCACAAGAGAAACCUCUUGUAGAAACACAAAACCCACCUCAAACUGUGCCAGCAGUUUCAGCACAACCAGUGACUCAAAAACAACCACGACAGCCAGUGACUGUUCCAAUUAAUCAACAAGUAUUUCCCCAACCUCGGCCCUCUUUAUCAACUCAAGCUCAAACAACUACACAACAAACACAAGCUACUGCACCCAUUAAGCAACAAAAGCAACCUCAAACACAGAUAGUGACACCACAGCAACCUCAAGUGAUGAUCCAGAAACAGGCACAAUCACAAUCCACGACUCCCAUGCAACCACAUGUUAUGGCCCAAUGGCAGCCACAACAGACUAUUUCUCAGCCUCAUCCUGCAGUGCCACAACCACAAAGAUUUCCAGUGGCUCAAACAAUGCCCCAAAGGCCAAUUCAACAGUACCCUACAUCUCCCAUUCAACCACAAAUAACAAUGCAGAGACAACAGUCUCAGUCCCAGCAACCCACAAUGCGCAAUCCGACUGUAAUUACCCCUCAACCCAAAGGUGCAUCCCCCAUACAACCCAGAAUCAUCUCUAUGCCUCUACUCCAGAUGGCUGUUCAAUCUCUAACCCAAACUCAGGUCAAAGCCCAGGGAAGUACACCACAUGUGAUUCAACCUCAGGGGCAACCCCAGUGGAGUCAACCAGGAGAUGUCACCCAAACGUACCCCAGAGUGCAAGGACCAGUUUCUGUUGCUGCCCAAAUGCAAUCACUGGCCCAUUUCCAAACUCAUUUCCAACCUCAAAGUAUCCCUCCAACUCAACCUCAGCAGUGGUCACCAAUAAGACCAGGCAUAGUGAGCCAGACAUACCCCACUGUCCAAGUUCCAGGUCAGGUAGUUCAACCUCAACCUCAAAUGGCAGUUUACCCUAAAAUCCAGCUGCAAUCACAGCUUCAGCAGUGGCCCUCCGCUAGACCUGAAUCACCUUGGGGUCAAUCACAGAUAAGACCUCAAGGUCCAGCUCAGCAUAUAGUGCCCUAUCAGCAAUGGAGGCCUAUCAGUCCAGAGAGAGUCAGUCCAGUAUACCCAAGGGCUGAAACCCAAGGGCCCAAGGGACCACAUCCUCAGUUCCAAUAUCAAGCCCUACCAAGGCCAGCAAGCCCUCAACGUCAGUGGAGUCCAGUCCGGCCAGAAAAUCAGUUUCAAGUUUCUUCCCAGACUAUGUUCCAUGGUGCUCCCCAGCCAGUAGCUCCAUGGAAUCAACCACCUUCUCAAGCUCUCAUAAGACCUCAGAGUCCACAACAGCCUCAACAAAGUCAGCAAAAGUGGAGUUCAUCCAGGACAGAGGCCCCAUCUGCAACCCUCAUCCAAAGCCAAGUUGCCCAGGCAGAGCUUCAGUCCCAAGAUCUGACAAAGCUGCAGUUACCAGUACAGGAACCACCCCAACAGCAGUCAGCUCCUCGGGUUAAGCAGCCAGCACUUGCCCAGGCUCCCCCUCAAGCCUACACUGAGGCUUAUAUAAAGGCACAGGCCCUGGUUAGGGAUAGAUUUGAGGAAGCCAAGCACUGUCUUCAAGAGCACAUUAUAGAAGCUAUCAAUGUAUUCAAGGACAAGAGAAUGAUGGACGAACAGGCAUCAGUUAAGGAGGAGACGCUUCGGACUCUUGACCCUGAACUUCUUGAAGAGUUCUUGAGGGCUGCGGAAGGGAUGGAAGCUUUCUGCACCCCAUCUGAACUUAGAGACAUGGAGUUUUUCACACAAUCUGUUAGAACACAGUGGAAGGAUGUUCGAGUGCAAAUAUCAGAAUUUUUGAAGCAACUCAGAUUUGAGUUAACCUGCCUGCAUUUUAACCAUAUGGUUAAGACAUGUGAGAUACACUUUAAGAAGGAAAAACUCAACCAUAGGCCUGAAUCAAUAUCAGAAUCAAAAGAAGAGGCUUGUUUGUCUGCAGAAGGCAGUCUGGCAGAGGCAGGACAGCAGCUAGAAUCUCUGAAGGAGUUGUGUGAUACUCUUAGCCCUGAGGACGCACACAGGCUCGCACAAGCCCAACUUAGAGAAUGUGAGAGACGACUUGCUGCCAUUCAGCGGCAGUUCAGUGGAGACACAGAUACACCUCCUUCAGACACUAGUUUACAAAUAGAGCAAACAAAAGAGCCACCCAAUCAAAAAGCACCAACAGUCCCACCACCACCUGAGAAGCCCAAAGAGGUUAUUGUUUCAGAGGCUGUUACACCGAUUAGCCCCCAGCGACCGAGAACUGUGGAGAAGAGAGAGAUAGUGAAACAAACGAGUACAGAAGAGGACAGGUACCGCAGCUCCAGAUUUGCAUUACAGGCUCAGCUAAACAGAAAUGAGCAAUGCAUGCUUGGAGAUCGUACCUCAGAAUCAGUCACUCCCACAGACCUGCAGAAACGACUGAGAGAAUUAAAGUCUCUGUGGGACGAGACAGAGUCUCUGUGGAAGGAGUAUGAAGCGUUGUGUAUGCAAUGUGUUCAGUACAACGAACGAGCUGUUGAGCAGGACCGUAUGGAGCUCACUGUCAGGUGGAGAGAGCAGAGGUCACAGUUACAGGGCAGGGUGGAUUCACUGGGAGCAGCACUUGAGCUCAUGGACUCUAUUAAGCUGAAGAUCUCUGAGAUUUCUAAAAGGCUGGAAAAUUUCAUCAAAGAGCCCAAGGACAUUAAGGGAGAUACACUAGCUAACCCUGCCAUUUUGAGAGAUGUGAAGGACUUAGAUGAAAGUAUCCAGACAGAGAUGGAUCAUCUGUCUCGAUUCGACUCUGAGCCCAGUCAUCUAGACUUGCGUGACCGAUCACCUCUGACCCAGGUGGUUCUGAACCACAGAUCCAGCCUGGACCAGCUCAGGCAACAGGUGCGCAAGAGUGACGCCGCUGCCCGUGCCCUCGACCGCUUCCUCAUGUCCCUGCGCACUGUGGAGCUCGAUGUCUCUUCUGUGCAAAGCGCCCCCAGCAAUGAUGCUGUUGUACUGCAGGACAGCAGGUCCAAGCUGACACUAAUCAGAAAGGGAGUCAGCAGCCUCAAGGAUAAGGCUCCACAGCUGGACCAGCUCUUGGGCGGAGCACAGCUCAAAGUGACCCAGGACAGGAGCCCUGUUUCCUGUCUGGACAUGGUGGGGGUACUGGUUCACAGGGUGGAAGAGGCAGACGAUCAACUGAUGAUUCAACAGAAUGAGCUCCAGAAGGAACAGCAGAACCAGAGCCUCGGUCUAAGGAGGAAGACUAUCCAGGCUGAGCUAAGGAAGGUGCUGGCGGCAGCAGAAAAACAGGGUCUAAAGGAAACCACUAUGCCAGCUGUGCAACAUCGGAUGCGAGCACUGUCCGAUCUGGAAUCGCAACUGAACUCUCUUCGUCCUGAAUACCAAAGCAUCAAGAAGGCUCUGUCUGAAGUCUCUCCACAGAAAGAGCACCCUCAUCCAGCAAAUGAAGAGCUUGACUUCCUUUGGGAAGAGACUGAAAGAGCUGUAUCUGACAGACAAGAGCAGUGCACUGUUCUUAUGGAACUCCUGAAGAAAUUUCAGAACUGUCGCAGUUACCUGGGCAACACUCUCCAGAGGGCGGAGCAAACAAUCAAUGAGCAGGCUUCAUACAUGGGCAAAGACAACCUACAGCGACUCCUUGCAAAAGUCGUUGGCAUAAAGGAGGAUCUUAAUAGCCUCGGAUCCAAGAUGGAGGAGUUCAGAUCUGUGUGCAGACAGUUGCAGUCCCAGCUAAAGAAAAUUCCUGAUUGCUCGGAAACUCCAUUUGAGACAGAGGCAGAUGCUUUGGUGGACUCAUGGCUGGAUGUGUCAGAGAAGACAGACAGUUGCAUGGAUAACCUGCGUGUGGGUCUGGAGUUGUGGGAGAAACAGCUGGUUCUGGGUGGAGAAGUGGACAGCUGGACUUCUACUAAACUCAUUAUCUUCUCAGAGUCUCACCCUUUCAGCAGUGAAACGGAGGUUGACAGCAUGAAGAAUGAGAUUCAGUGCCAGGAGGACAACCUUGAACACUUCCACAGGAAGUUACUGGAGAUCCAGGAACUGCUGCAGAGCAAAGAAUCUCCUCUUGAGUUACAGGUAAUGGAAACCAACCUGAGGAAGAAAAUGGAGCAGGUGAAGGAACUCUUCUGUGACUGCACUGAAGUGUUCCAGGAGCUCCUCACAGUUAAAGCUCAUAUGAUAGAAAAGAUUGACACCUACCAAUCAUCUGUGAAGAAUAUACGCUCCUCAGUAGACAUGAUCAGUUCAGAGGAUCGCGCAGAACUGGAUGCGCAUUUACAGGACUUGUGUGAGCAGCUUUUGGACCAGGAGGAGCAGGCUGAAACUUUGCUGAAGGAAAUCAAUCUCAUGUCCAGCAUUACUGGACCGCAGGCCUUGGAGGAGCUGACCAAUCAUAGUAAGCGUCUCAAAGACAGCAUUGCGGAAACACGAGAGCUUAUUCGCCAGAAGAAGGAUCAAGGGGAGAAAAGCUUCCUUCAGACUAUUAAAGAAGAGUUUCAGUCAUUUGAGGAAUGGUUGCAAGAUGAGCAGCUCUCUGUGAAUGAGUGCUUUGAGAACCCUGAGAGGAAGCAGGAUAUAGAAACGUCCAUGCAGAGACUGACAAGUUUCCUGGCCUCUAAGGAAGGAGAACAGCGUCUGGCUCAGUUGAAAGAGAGGUUUGAGCAAGGGGGACAGGCAAAGCUCCCUGCUGAGGCUCAAGCUUUGCUCUCCACAUGGCAUCAGGAACAGGAAGGAGAACUGGCCACACUCAGGGCUCACUGCCAGGGACGCCAUAAACAGCUAGAUGAUAUCCUCCACAACCUCAACAGUUUGCAUGAGGAACAUAACCAUUUGAAGGACUGGCUGCAGCAGAGAGAGCAAGUGCCAGAACAGAGAGAAAAACUGAGGCAAAUCCAAGAGGAUUUUCUUAAAGAAAGCGGUCGUGUGGAGGCAUUCAAUGACCUGUUAUCUGCUGUAAGGAUGCGUGGCCUGAGGGGAGACCCUCUCCUUGGAGACUGCGAGACCCUGAUAGACCGAUACCACAGCCUGGGAAUUAUUUUGGAGAAUCAGGCACAAGUCCAUAAGACCCUUGAUGAUCAAAUUGAAACAUUCCAAACCAAUGCAGAACAGAUCAGAGCAUGGAUCAGAAAUUUAAAGCAAAGACUUGAGUACUUGGGGACAGACACGCCAAUGCAGGAAAAACAUGUAAAUGCUCAGGCUGUUCUUAAUCUAAGUCCUGAGGGUGAUGCUAAACUCAUGGCUCUGAAAGAAGAGGGUGAUGCUUUAUGUGCUCAUGAGAUUUUGGAGGACACCAGAAGACAGGAGCUCAUUCACACCCUUGAAAACACUGAAGAUGAGUGGAAAAGAGUUCUGGAUAUGGCUCAGCAGCUAAAACAUCAAGCAGAACUCCAAGACACUCUCUGUAGAGAACUAGAGGAUCUACAGGCCCAGGAGGAAAGCAUCCAGUCCUGGGUGAGAGAACAACUGCAAAUGCUUCGCUCUUUGGGGAAGGACCUUCAGCCACAUGAAAAACUUAAUAAAGUGCAGGCUGUCAUAGACCUUGGUGAUGAAGCCGAUUCCAGAUUGGCCAGUUUACAGAGACAAGGACAACAUUUAUGUUCUUGUAAAAAUCUUGAGAAUGAGAGGAGGAGCCACAUUGACCAAACCCAGAGAGCAGUAGAGGAGGAGUGGAGGAAAGUGCUACAACUUGCCCAGGAGCUCAAGAACCAGGUCAAGCAUGAGGAAUCUCUCUACAAAGAGUUACAAACUUUCUGUGAUCAGGGAGAGGACACUCGAUCCUGGAUUAGACAUCUCAGAGAGACCCUGGAUUCCCUUCUUGUGACAUCUUCCAUUCAAGAGAGGCUUAAUGGAGCUGAGGCACUAUUAGCUCAUAGAUCUGAGUGGGACUAUAAACUUUCUAACCUAAAGACGAAGGGAGAGAAUCUAUGUUCCUGUGAAGACCUAGAUGAGGACAAAUGUCAGACAAUCCAACACACAUUACAAAAUGUACAGCAAGAGUGGAUGGGAGUUUUGAUGCAGACUCAGGAACUGAAGAACCAAUCAGAACUUGAGCAGUCUCUUUCUAAGGAUCUUCAAGAACAGGAGGAGAGCACACACUCUUGGCUUACAGAGCAGCAUCUGAAGAUCGAAUUGCUCGGUGAAGAGACUCAGUUACAAGAGAGAAUGAAUGGAGCUCAGGCCAUCCUGAACUCAGAAUCAGAGGGGGAUUACAAGCUAGCCAACCUGAGGAGGAAAGCAGAGGGUUUGUGCUCUCGAGAAGGCCAGGAGGAGAAAAGAAAACAGGAAAUCCAGCUGAACCUGAGAUUAAUUGAAGAAGAAUGGAAGAAGGUCCUGGCAAGUGCUCAAGAAUUAAAGAACCAGGCUGAGCUCCAGGAUUCUCUUGCAAUGGAGCUUCAGAAUGUCUGUACCCAGGAGGAGAGCACCUGGACCUGGGUGAAGAACCAGAAAGAUUGCAUGGACUCACUGGAAAAAAGUACUCAUGGUACACAGGAGCAGAUUGAAGAGAGACUAAGCAAAGCACAAGCAAUUCUAAGUCUGCACUCUGAGGGCAACUCUAAGAUUGCAGCCCUGAAACAGACUGUAGACCAUCUUUUUAACCGUGAAGAUCUUAAUGUAGAUGCAAGACAUUCUUUUGUUAAGAAAAUGAAAAAUGUAGAGGAGGAGUGGAAGACAACUCUGCAGCAAGCACAGGAGCUUCAUAGUCUGCUGAAAAGUGUAGUGGAACGUCUGGUGUCCUGUCGGUGUCAGAAGGAACAGCUUCAGUCUCGUCUGGAUCAGGUGAAACAGCAAAGAGCUGCACUGCCAUGGCACUUCCCCUGGCCUGGUUUAGGGGAUCGAAGGCACACAUUGGAGCAAGCCAAGAGUCUGCUAGACAGUACCAGAGCCCUGACCCCAUCUCUGUCUGCUGUCCGAGCGCUCGGGAGGGAGAUGAGCCAGCUGACCCAUGAUUCCAGCUGGAUUGAUCCAUCCUGGGCCACCACAGAGGAGUGCAUACCUGAGUUAAUCAAAGAUCUUACGGAGUUUUGUGUAAAUCUCGAAGAGGAAAUCCGGAGAGAGCGAAUUUGUGCUCAGUUAGUUGAGCAGCACACUGUAGCACAGGAUUGGCUGAGAGAGCAAGUCAAAGGUUUCGGUGCUCUGCCCACUGAACGUCAUGGGUUACAAAGCUCUAUUAACACUCUUAAGGCUCUUCUUCAGACCAUAGACAGGGAGAAGAGAGAAAUGAAAGAACUGGAUACUGUUAAAGAUUCCCUGAUGGAUCUUUGCACUCCAGGAGGUUGUGAUGCCCUGACCUUAGAGGUCAGCCAUCUUCAUGACCUCUGUGUGUCCUCGGAGAAAGAGAUGAGGGAAUGGUUAGCUGUGUGUGAGGCCAGAUUGAGUGACAUUGACCUCAGGCUUGCUGGCAGGGAACAGAUUCUCAGGGAGCAAGCAGAGAGUCUCCUAGAUGAGCUGCGUGCUCAGGACCUCUCUUUAGGAUUUCUGGUGGAUAGCCAGAAUAUCAGCCAGCUACAGGAAAACUGGCAUAGCUUCAAGACAUGUGAGAAAGAGCUUGAGUCUUUAGAGGGCAAAGUUCAUGACCUUGGCCAGGCCCUCCAAAUGGUCCCACCAGAUGAGGGAUCCCCCAGUGAUGUCAUUUCUAUAGUGGACACAGUUACACAACAAUAUUGCAGUCUGCGGUCUAAACUGUUGGAAAAGCAGAAUAAGUGCGCAGACAGCACUGUGCAGUGUGUGAGACAGGCCUUACAAAACAUACAGUCAUGGAACCAGACACAUGCAAAUCCUCCCUGCAGCUCAGCCACAUCCAUGCAGGCUGCAAUUGAGGAAGGUGUGAGACUGUGUAAAAGCCUGCAGGUAGUGCUGUCCCAUAAAGAACUGCUGAGGGAAUGUCUGGGCCCUGACUUGGCUGGCAAACUUGAAAGAGAUGGAACAAAAGCACUAAACGAAGCAGACAUUCACAUGAACGACCUUAAACAGGAGCUUAAGAAUGUGGAGGAGAACGUGAAGCAGGAAGCUCAGAUGUUGUCACUGGAAGCUCAAAGCAUUCAGCUGGAUUCACAGGUUUCUGCUGCGACACCAUCAACAAAGGAGUCGGAAUUUGUUUCUUCUUCAUCGUUUAUCACGGAGAGCUUUGAAAUGGCAGAUGACAGUCAGCAGGCUAAGGUACAACCAUCUGAAAACCUUGACAGCGAGAUCCCUCUAUGUGUAAUCUCAGAAACUACAACUGAAACAGAAAUUCACACUGCCAGAAAACCACGACAAACAUUAGAGACUGAAACUGAACAGAUUGAUUUCCAAACAACUGUACUAUUAACCACAGAGAUGCUACCUGAACCAGCAACAGGAGUAUAUGAAUCUGCUCUUCCUACAAGCAGCCAUGGUGCAAAUGAAACUGAAAGUGAGAAUUUUGUUUCUGUUUCUUUGGAAACAAAGUCUGAUAAUGAUGAGAUUGCAGAUGAAAAGAUGCCCGUUUCUUCAUCUGCAGCUGUCCACACCUUGGAAACCACAGUACAAGACACAGACUUGGAAUUACUCAGCACUGAGAGUCUUAGCACAGAAGGACAAGUAAGCCAGUUGUCUGAUGUAAUUGUGAGUUCAGAAUCUUUUGCUGAUAGAGCGGAGGGUGAGAAAAUUGAAGCAGUGACUGCAGAGCCAGAUAAAGAGGAAGAUGUCUCAUAUAUUUCACUUUCUCAAGAGGAACCUUGUGGAGAAGGUAAAGCACAGACCAAAAAGGUUACUGCGCUCAUUUUAGAUUUGGAUACAGUGCACAUAGAUAGUGUAGACACAUACUCCCACACACCCACAGAUGGCGCUACAGUGAAAGCAGCCUCUGCUAGUGCUCUUUUAAAUGAGAUGACACUGGGAAAACAAGAUCAUGAAACACUGGCCCCUCCAGAAGCUGAAAUUUCUGAAGUAGCCAUAGAACUAAUUAGCAUCCCAUCUUCUCUUAAUGAGCCAAGUAUGGUGAAUGUUUCAGAAAUUAGUUCAGCAGUAGAACCAGAACAGUCACAGCUAAUCAAUAUAGACACUAAUGGACAAAUGCAAACAACAGCAGCUCCACCUUCUGAAACACAAGGUAGUGAAGACGCUGCUUCCAGAGGUAUUGGAACAUUUUCUUGGAACAAUGGACCAAAUGCUGCAAUUGCUGACAGAGAGAGCAACUGGACAACAAAUAAUGGCCCUCGUGAAAUCCAACGCCGAUAUAUUAUUCUAGACUUCCAUGAGGGGGAGGAAAUGCAGAGACAUCAUGCUCAUGAAGCUUCUCUUUUCAGGGAACCCACUGAGAGACAGAUUCAGGGAUCAGAACAUUCAGUAUCAGAAAGAAUGGAGACAGAAUGUGAUGCUAAAACGGAAUCAGAGGUCAUAGCCAGUACAAACAGACCUUUAGAAGCAUCCGAGCAAUCUGAACUGGUUGAAGCAAGCCUAAAACUACCAACAAGGCAAGUUGGAGAAGUCAUGCAUUUAAUUGUAGAAGAAGAGACAAAGAAGACCCCAUCAGGUGAUAAAAUGCAAUUAAUAGAAGUUGAUCCUAAACGUAAACCUCCAAUCAAGCAACAAAAUGAGGUAGAAACUGAGGUCCAACAAACAAGCAAAGUGCAUGUCUCAACAACAGUAGAGGAGAAACCUGAAGGUGAAGAAGCCAUUGACAUCAUUUUGGGAGAAGAGACCAAGACCCAAUCAGAUGGUAAAGCACAAUCCAAAGAAAUUGAACCUGAACAGACACCUCCAAUCAAGCACCUGGUUGACUGGGACACUGAGGUACAACCUGAAAGAAUUAAUGUCUCAUUAACACCAGAGGAGAAACCUGAAGUUGUAGAAGCCGCUGAUGUGAUUGUAGAAGAAGAGAUGAACAAGACCCCAUCAGGUGAAAAAGCACAAUUCAUGGAAUAUGAACCUAAAAUGACACCUCCUCUUAGGAGAAAUGACAAUAAAACUGAUGUCCAGUCAAACAAGGUAAAUGUCUCAACACAAAAGGAGAAAGAUGAAGAGGCUGUGGAAGUCAAUGUAGAAGAGGAGACAAAGACAACAUCAUCAGAUAAUAAAGCACAAUCCAUAGAAGCUGAACCUGAACUGACACCUUCAAUCAAACAACAGAAUGACCAGAAAACUGAGGUCCAGUCAGACAAGGUGGAUGUAUUGCCAGAGGAGAAAAUUGAAUUUGAAGAAGCCUUGCAUGUCAUUGAGGAACAGAAUGACUGGGACACCGAGGUACAGUCUAAAAGAAUUAAUGUUCCACUGACACCAAAGGAAAUACAUGAAGUUGUAGACACCGCAGAUGUCAUUGUAGAAGAAGAGACAAACAAGACCCCAUCAGAUGAAAAAGCACAUUCCAUAGAAGCUGAACCUAAACCGACACCACCAGUCAGGCGAAGAAACGAAAAUAAGUUUGAUGUCCAAUCAAACAAGGUGAAUAUCUCAACAACAUCAGAGAAGAAACCUGAAGGUACAGAGGUUACCACUGUCAUUGUGGAAGAUGAGAUAAAGAUGACUCCAUCAGAUGAUAAAGCACAAUCCCUAGAAGUGGAAACUAUACUGACACCACCAGUCAGGCAACAAAAUGAGGGUGAAACCGAUGUCCAAUCAAACCAGGUAAAACUGUCAACAACAUCAGAGAAAAAACCUGGGGAUACCAUGCAUGUCUCUGAGGAGGCAUUGGUUGAUAAAAUGCAGUCCAUAGAAGCUGAGCCUAAACCAACGCCACCAGUCAGAAGACGAAAUGAGGGUGAAACUGAGGUUCAAUUAGAUAAGGUGGAUGUCAUACCAACACCUCCCACCAGACGACGUAAAGGCGAAAGGUUAUCGUUAGAUACUGAAUCACAGAUAGAGGGAGAAGUUCUUUCCACCCCACCAAGCAGAAGACAUAGAGAGAAAAUAGGAAUUGAGAGGUAUUCACUUGAUUUAGAGUCCCAACCCACACCACCAGCAAGACGACGUAAAGAAAAAGAAGAUAGAAGAUUAUCACUCGAUCUGGAGACCCAACCCACGCCACCAGUGAGACGACGUAAAGAAAAAGAAGGUAGUAAACUAUCACUCAAUCUGGAGACCGAACCCACACCACCAGUGAGACGACAUAAAGAAAAAGAAGGUAGUAAAUUAUCACUCAAUCUAGAAACCGAACCCACACCACCAGUGAGACGGCGUAAAGAAAAAGAAGAAAAUAGAUUAUCGUUCAAUCUGGAGACUGAACCCACACCACCAGCAAGACGACGUAAAGAAAAAGAAGGUAGUAAAUUAUCGCUCAAUCUGGAGACUGAAUCUACACCACCAGCAAGACGGUGUAAAGAAAAAGAAGAAAGUACAUUAUCACUUGAUCUAGAGACCCAACCCACACCACCAGCAAGACGACGUAAAGAAAAAGGUGAAGAUAAAGGAUUAUCAAUUGAUCAGGAUCCUCAACCAACUCCACCAUCAAGAAGACACAAGGAUAAGCCAGAGAGUGACAUGUUAUUUUACAGUGCUGAAUUAGGAAAAAGUGAUAAUCAGCAAACCAGUGAACAUAAAGACAGGGAAGAGCACACUGUUAAACCAACUCCACCUGUCAGAUGCAAAAUUAGUCAGGUUAAAAGUGAUGUGGCAGUUUGCAAAAACCAAGAAGAGAAAGAGUCCUUUGUGAAACCCACACCACCAACAAGAAGGAAAGAUAGCAAAGUUGAGAGUGAAAUUGUCGCAGGUGCUAACCUGAAAGAAGAUACGAGCAUACAUAAACCAACUCCACCUCUGAGGCGAAAAGACAGCCAAGCAGAAACUGAGAUGGCUCGAACCACACCUAAAAGUCAACCUGAGGAAGUCCUUCCAACUCCACCGACCAGGCAAAGGAAAGAUCAAAUAGAAGCUGACAGAGUUCCAUUAAUGCCAGAAGAGCCACAUGACAGUGUUCCAUUAAUGCCAGAAGAGCCACAGGUCAUAUCAACUCCAACAACCAGUGACAAAGGAAGUUCAUGGAAUGAAAAGGUUUCUAUGUGUGCAAGACUGGAAUUGGAAGCAGAUGUUGAAGCAAUAACUAAACAGGAAGAUAAAGAUGAGUCUGAUACAAAGUCAUUGGUUGGUCAGGAGCAGCAAGAGGAGGGGAAGGACUCUACUUUGGUCCCAGAACCCAUAAGUGCAAUCAGUCAGACAGAGAGCGUCAGUGAGAUGCAGCCACAAGAUCAAGAUGUGGAUGUUUCUCCCCAAGUUGGUCUUGCGGCUGAAAUCACUGAGAGUCAAGCAGAGGAAGAUAGGGAGCCAGAGGGACCCACAAUGAAGGAUAUAUUUAUGGAUAUCAAAAAAAUGACUGAAAAGGGACCAAAAAGUGUACUCAUGGAGGGUAUACCUCAUGAAAGUACAAAGAAACUUCUUGACACUUCCAGCACUGAUCUUGAAGCUCGGUUAAAAAGGCUAGUGUUCCAUUUACUGGACCUUCGAACUUGCCCAGCUGCUCUGAACUCCAAAGACAUGGCCAAACAACUAGAAGAGGCUGAGGAAUCUAGAAGGUGUGCCCAGAGACAGGUAUCUAUGCUGUCUAGGCAAGACCAGGCUAAUGGAGACAUUGGCAGUGGCACUAAUGGCACAGUUCAUGACCCUGAGGGUAUGCAACAGCUGAGUGCCCAGUGGAGUGCAGCUUUGUGGGAUGCAGCAAGCUCUGUUCACUCCAAAGAAGCUCAACUACAGAUGGUUGCAGAUUUCAACAGACAGACCCAGAAAGUCAAAGCUAUUCUGGAGAGACUCAAAAUUGAGCGUGCGGCACUGAGAUUCUCUCCAGUUGUGAGCAGUUUUGCUGAGGAGGAAAGACUGCACUCUUUCUUGAGAAAUAUGGAGCAGGAAAGGACAGCUCUCGGUGAGUUAAUUCAGACUCAUGCAAAACUGUCCCCCCACCUCAGUGUGCCUGAGAGACAAGCAGCGGAAAUACAGCAAAACAAUUUGCAAAGCCAGUGGAGGGUGCUGGAGAAGGAUGCAGAGAUUGCUCUUUACAUGUUUAAUGCUCAUGCUAAAGAAAUCAGCAGCCUUAUUCAAGAGGUCAGUGCCUUAAAAGACCAUCUCGAGAACAUUCAGAAGACCUUGGAUGCAUCGAAAUCCUCACCAGUUUUAUGGGAUGGCAAGAGAGCUCAAGAAAUUAUUAAUUUAAAUGCUGAUCUCAUUUCCACCCAUCAGCAGUACCUCUACCUUCAGCAGACCUCUGAGGCACUUUCCCAGGAAUUCCAAUUCAAUGCAGAGAUAUUCAGCAUAGAGCAGGAUCUUCAGUAUAUAAAAGAUCAGCUGAAUCAAAUGGGUGAACAGUUAGCAGCUUCAACUCCUAGCAGCAGCAACUCAACGUUACGUAAAAUUGUUAAGGUGAUGACAGAUGCUCUGGCUUGGGCCAAGCAGACAGAAUGUGAUGUCAAAGGACGACAGAAAAAGGUAUCUUUGCUUCCAGAAGAAGUCCAUCGACAGAUUAAAGAUUUAAAGAAAUUGCAGUCUGAGAUGAACUCGAAGCAAACCCAGUUGAAUUCUUUGGUUGAGGAAGUUACUGAGCUGAUUUGUGAUCUAGAUAAAGCUGAUGUUUCGAUGGUGACCUCAUCCUUGAAGGUUCUAGAGAAUUUGUCCAAAUCAACAGCAGGAAACCUGGCUGAGGCAGUUCGCGAGAUGGAGUCAGGGCUUCAGACCCGGGAGAAGAUGUCAGAGCAGAUAGCAGAUGUUGAUUCCUGGGUGGUUGGUCAUCUGCAGAGGGAAGCUUUGAGGAGAGAAGAUUAUCAAAAUUUGAGUGUGGCAGACCUGGAUCGCAGGUUGAGGCAGAUCCAGGACACUCUUGGAGAGGCAGAAAAGCAGUCCGCUCUCACUGAAGCCCUUCUGAUGAAAAGCAGAGACAUUGCAUCCGAGCUAAGUGUCACAGAGAGUACUAAGCUCUAUGAGAAACUCACCAACCUUCAAGAGGACAUCAGAAGUAUUAUUAUCUAUGAGAAGGCAUGUUGCCAGAAAGUUAUGGAUGUUAUACAGAGCCAAGAAUCCUCUCAGAGGAAGGUGUCAUCUCUCGAGAACAGCCUGAGACAAAUGUUAGUUGAUGUAAAAAGACACAGGUUUCCUGUUACCAAGGAUACCCUCUCUGUCAUUGAACCCUUUAAACAGAUGCUUGUGGAGCGCAAAUCUCAGGUUGAGCAAGUCAGUCCUUGUUCAGAGGACAAGAGAAGAGAGAUGUUAUGUGUUAUUACUGAACUGUACCACAAAAUGAUUGAUUUGGAUCUCAAAUCACAAGCUCAUGAAAGGUACUUGAGCCUCAGUCGGUGCACUGAAGAUGUCAAGGAAGAAAUGGAGGCUCAGAUCCCAAGGACCAAAGAUGAGAGCAUCAACAAAGAGGAACGCUACAGAGCCUGUCAGGCCCUUCUGAUCCAGAUCUCUUUAGUAAAACUCUUGUGUGAGGAAACAAUGGAUGAAUUGCAGGAAAUCCUAGCAGAUCUAUAUCCAUCUCAGCUCUCUGCUGAACAAACAAGACUCAAACAAAUACUGGAAAGUCUCAAAACCUCAGAAAUGGCAGUGAACAAUAAUCUUCAGAUAUUGGAAUGGGAUCUGCUAAAACAUAUUCAUUAUCCAUCAGAAAAAAGAGUACUUCAGCAAUUCCUCAAAGACACCAAUGAGGAGCUGGAAAAGCCUUGUAGUAUUGAACCAAAAGAGGCAGUGAUUGAAAAACAACUAAGAAAGUGCCUUGUACUCAGAAAGAAUGUAGAAUCUAGAAUGCGAGUGCUUGAGUUCCUUGAAAAAAAGAUUGGCGCUCAACCUACACAUGACUCCAAACAGCUUACUUGCUUGAAGGAUAUGGUUUUGGAAAAGUGUGAUCAACGAAUGGUGAGCCUAACUAAAGCUAAAGAACUGCUGAGGAACUACACCAAAGCAGUGACCGAUACCAUUCGGUUCCUCCAAAGAGCCACGUUGGCCCUCCUUCCCUCAAUCUGCUCUGCUAGAAGCUGCUCAGAAAGACUAAUAGAUGCACAACAUGCUUUACUGACUCUAGACACAGAGUUCCAGUCACAUGUUUCACAGCUUCAAGCUCAAACCCCACAAGAUCCCUGCUUCAAGCCACAGAAGAUUGAAUUUCUACACACAGAGGUUCUAGGCGAGCUCCUGGUCAGGCUAUCGACCCUUAAGGCCCAGGCUCAAAUUAAUGUAGAAUCUUUGAAGAGGUGUUUUGAGUGGCAGAAACAUUCUCGUAAGUGCUACGAGGAGCUUUGCCAGCAAGUGAGAGACUUAGAAACAUUGCUAUCACAGUGUGCUUCCAAAAAAAUUACUUCACACAAAGACUGCAAAGACCAGCAACAGAAACUCAAGGCUCUAGUGGAAGAGGUUGCCAUGCUUCCUGGAAAACUGGAGAAUCUGAGAGAGUGGUGUUCACUGUAUGGGUGCAGAGCCAACAGGGAGGAUGCCGUGAGUGCUAUCUGGGGUCAGGUGGCAAGACUGCAGCGCUGUGGCUGUGAUCUGCAGACACGCUCCGAACAAAUGGAAGCAGAGUGGAGCAGUGUCACAAGGAGUGUGGAGCAGGCAGCCACUGUGUUGGAGCAGGUGGAUGCAGAACUUCCAGAUAGCAGCAGAGAGAAUCUGACGGGGGAUGAGCUACAGGAACUACUGCUCUUCUGGUCCCAGUACCAGGACAGACUGGACUGUGAACACAGAGCUCUCUCCGCUUUGGAAUUAAGAGCUGCAAGGGUGCUUGGUGUUCCCCCCCACCUGGAACAGGCUCCAUCCUUUGAGCUGUGCCAAGAGCUUCAAGCCUUGCAAGAGCGUUACCAUAGUCUAAAGGAACGGAGCUCUCAGGGUUUGAGGGCAGUAAGAACAGAGGUGGAGGAGAGGGAACGAGUGCAGGAGCAGCUGGAGGGAGUUAGAGAAUGGCUGGAAUCUGCAGUCUCUCUCCUUGCUGUACUGGAGCACGAGCCCAGCAAGAAACAACUACAGGAGGUUCACUCACAGCUGUGUACCCAGAAGGCCGUUCUGCAGCGUAUUUCGGAAAGCUUGAAGAUGAUGUACUCUGAAAAAAAUACAUCAAUUCCAGAGGAGAUAGAGGGACUAUUACAGGAAGUCUCACAGUCAUUACAGGAAGUGGAGGAACAGGUGAAGACCGCUGUGGAGAAAAGUGGCCCACUUCACAGGCUGGGUGCUAAAAUCUCGGAGAUUAAAGCAGGUCUGGAAUCAGUUCAGAGCUGGUUAGAGCAGAAGAGCCUGAACUUCACUGAAGCUGAGAGCACACAGAAGCGAGUGUGGGAUGAGUUGGAUGGUUUACAUACUCGUCUGACAGCGGUCGAGGUGGAGUUACAGGAUGUUAGUGAAAUGCAUCCAGAUGAGACCUGUCUGUUAUUAGACAACCUGGCCAACACUCAUCAGACCCACACACGCCUCACCAAACAGGCCGAACAGAGGACCACCUUCCUCAGCAAGGUCCGUGACUGGCUGCAGGAGCAGGAGGAGAUGGUGAAGGGGUCACAGAACUGGAUCUCAGAGGCUCAGUCUUGGCUUACAACACCCUGCACAUACACCACUGCCAGAUGCCUGGACAGUCAUGCGAAUGCACUGCAGAUGGUUCUGGAUGAUUCUGCUCAGAUGAGACGGACUCUGCAGGGUUUCGGCAGUGUGCUGACAGAGAUGGGAAGUGUGUUUGAUGUCAGUCCAUUAGAGGAGCAGCUCUCAAAUGCUGAUCGACGUGUGGCAGACAUGCAGCACAACCUGCUGGGGCCUCUCUCUCAGCUGGAGCAUGCAGCAGCAGAAGUGGAUGCCAUUGAGUCAGAGGUGAAAGUCAUGGAGAAAGAUGUGGCCAAAAUCAAAUCUACUCUGACCACCAAAGAAGACAUCAGUCAGGACAGUCUUAAGGCAACAGAAGAAAGGAUUGACCUGAUGAAAAGGACAGUCACUGAGAUUCAGAACUGUAAAGAUGGUCUGUGUCUUCCUGACAAAGCUGAAAACACACUCCCAGUGUUCAAAAAAGCAGAACUACUACAGAAACAACUGCUGGAACUUGAACAGCUGGCACUAGAAUACUCGAUUGAGGUACAGGAGACAUCUGUCCCACCUCUCUGUGUCACACCCCGCAAUGUGCCACCCCUCAAUGCGCCGCCCCUCACUGCCCCAACACUCAGUGUUCCACCCACAAUCACUGAGGAAGACACACAGGAGAGUGGUCAGAUUCAGAUUGUGCAUGUAGAGGAGGACAUCCUGAAAAAGUCAGGAGCAACGCUGAUGACGGUGGAGCAAUCCACACUGGAGCAGAGACUCACCUGGAUCUCUGAUAGAAGCAGCCACACCCUCACAGAAACACAGCAGGAGUCUGAGGAAGAGCAGGAGCUCUGUGAAGAUCCAGGAGAUGGAGAGGAAGAUGCUUCUGAUGAAGACUAUGAAGAUUGCAUAAAAAAUGAGGAUGAGGAGGCAAGAGGAAGAUCACCAACCUCUCUGAAUUCUGAGGCUUCCUUCAGCAUGACUGUGGAGGACACAGUUUCUGCAGACGUGGUUUCUUCUACAGAACAGAUUUUGGAGCAAGCAGAAGCAGCAGACUCAAAGGUAGAAGUAGAUACCUCUGUGGCCUCAGGAACAGGUGUGUCAGAAGCUUUAUCUGAAGCAGAUGCCACAGUGGAAAGCCAGUCUCUCCCUGCAGACAUGGUAACCAAUACCUCCUCUGUUACAGAGAUCUCCACGUCCCCUUCCAGAGGCCAGCAGAGGUGUUUGCACUUGUUCGUCUCUCUCUUUCUCUGUCUAUGUCAGGACCAGGGUGCAUGGAGGGGGGAACAGACGCCACACACCAAUUACAAACUCACACUGACACACAUGACACAGAAACAUUCAGAGUCACAAGCCCCACCCACUGAAACAAAAGACAUGUUCACCUUACAUAAUGUCAUGACCUCUGAUGAAGGGCUGGGUGAUUCCUUAGAAAAACUUAAGGUAGUUUCAGAAAUACAUUCCACACUCAGUCAACAGACUCACUUAGAGAAAACCACCUUUGUGCCUCAGAGCCUGAGCUCCACAAAACCCACAAAUACACCAUCAGCCAAAUCACCAGAGCAACAUUUACACACUCUGACACACACUCCUUCAAAUACAGAAGACCGUAGGUUAGACAGCAGAAGCACACACGACACACACACACAAAUUACAGUCAAGCCCUGCCUGGAGAGGACAGAGCCACUGGCUGCAAGUGCAUCUUUGGCCGCAGGUGAAUCCGGGGGCUUGGGUGGAUGGUUGUCCGGUGACGGGCUGCUUCAUGCCUGCUGUGAGAGGGCCAAGCAGCUGGAGGUGUGUCUGGAGAGAGCACAGGUCAGUCUGGAGGGGUCGAGACAGCAAGCACAGGACGCAGCCAUGCAGCACUGCAUUGAACAACAACUUCACAACUGCCAGAAAAUUCUUGUGGAAAUUGAACAGAGAAUAUCCAGUCUUCCUGUGUGUGGAUUGAAAGAACAGGAGCAACAUGAGGCUGAAUCGCUCAACACCAAACUCCAGCUGCUGAAGAACAGACUGGUGACAGUCCAGUUACAGCUGCAAGAGAGACACAGCGAAGAUCAGGUACAUGUUGAGAGUCAGCGGCCCCUGCAGGCCAGGUUGACGCGCAGCAGCAGUGUGCAGGAGAUGUUGAGUUCUUCCAAAACCAAACUGUUUAGACAGAGCAGCCUUCAACAACAAAGGGAACUGGAGCGUGGAUUGAAUGAACAGAAGGAUCUAACUAAAGCUAUUGCAAUUCAAGGCAGCAGAGCCCAAACACAGAGCCAGAGCACAGAUGAACAUGCAGGCCCCUCACCAGCAAAUGAAGACAAAAGACAGGAAGUAGAGUUAGCAGCAGUCCACAGGAAGUGGACACACCUCUGCAGCAGAUUGACCAAGACAGCAGAGACAGAGCCAGGUGGACAUAAAGAUCAGGAUCCAUCUGAGAUCCUCGCUCCAUCUGUGUGUUUGUGGAGUGGAGCUGCUGUUUCUUUCUGUCUCCAGGAGAUUCAAUCCAACAUCUCACAACUCAAAGAACUGCAAAACUCAGCAGUUACAAAGGAUCCAUCUCUGGAUGAAGGUCUAUUUGAGGUGUUGAGUGGAGUGGAUCUCACUCUCAACUCUCUCACACACACUCUUAUGUUUCAGCCAGCAACCUUAAACACUGACAUAUUAAACCAAUUAGAGCAGCUACAGGGUUUAUCUGCAGAGCUGAUCUCCUUGGGUGCCAUAUUGACCUCCCAGGGGUCAGAGGUCAUAAAGUUGUUAGGUUUGGGUUCAGCGAUAUCAGAGACCUCCACUUGUUUUGACCUGCUGAGGCAGUGUGUAUGUGACGUUCAAAAGACUCUCGCUGAUAAACAGGAGCAGCUACAGGAACGAUUAAAACAUACGACUCAGCUGCAGAAGAGAGUGAAAGACCUGCAUGACUCAGUACUAACUAAUGCAUCAAUCCUUCACCCUACAACUAAUGGAGAAACCCACUAUGACCUUCACACACAGCUGCAGGCCAUCACUGGAUGGAAACGGGAAGUGGAGCAGAGUGAGAGAAAGUUGGCAGAACAUAAAGAAGAGACAGAGAGUCGAGAUCAGCCCUCGUCCCUCACACAGCAGAUCAGCACACUGGAGGCGGUUUUGGAGAGUGUUUGGAGUGAUCUAGAGCAGCGCUGUGGAGUUGUGCAGUGGAGUCUAGAUGAGCAGAAGAUGAGUGAAAAAAUCCUGAAGGGUCUGCAGAUGCUUCUGACGAUUGGAGGAGAGAAACUCACCUGCACCUCUCAGCUGGAGCUCAGGAAUCCAGCACAAAUACAGACAUACCUCAACACACACACGGCGUUUUUCCUGUCUCUGGGUGCCCACCUGAGGAGACUGCAGCAACUGAGUGUGCGGAUGCCAGAUAGCGCCGCCUCUGGCUGGGAGACUGAAGUGUCUGAGGUUGAACAUCAAGUGUCCAGUGUCCUGCGGCAGGCUCAGGCUGUCGGCACAGUGCUGCACUCAGGGCUGCAGGUUUGCACUCACUGGGAUGAAAAUCAGUCCUGGUUAGAAACGCUUGUGCAAAGGUUAGAGACUCAACUUCCCAUAACACCUCUGCAGGACCAAACUGAGGAGCAGCUCAGCGAGAAUAUAUCUGUCUAUCAGAGUGUGCUGGCGGUACUGGAGAAGAACAGAGCUCGGAUCAGUCUGGUUCUGGAUGAGGGCCGCAGACAGCAGGAGCAGAUUUCUAAUAGUGAUGUGGGUGUGCCUAUAUGUAUAGUGGGUGUGUCUACAGCAAAACUGGAACAGAGAUUGGCUGCACUUCAGAGGAGGGUGAAGCAAGGACUUCCCCCCACCCACCAUCUUAAGAAGCUUUGGAAAAGGUACCAAAACGAUUCAGAGGCUCUGAAUGAGUGGAUGCGACGAGCCAGAGAGCGCCUUCAUACAUGGAGAGAUCACAUGACCACUGCUGAACAGGAAGCGGACACCCUCUCCCAUUUUCAUCACUUCACAGAGUUCAUGAAGGAGCUAGAGGUGAAAUCGGCCCUAAAGGCAUCAGUGAUCAGUUCUGGAUCUUUGAUCCUGUUGCUCAAUGAAAGAGAGCAGAACAUUGAGACACAGAAGAUCAGCAGAACCACCAGUGCUCCAAGAACCUCCACUCCCUCUGGAAAUACAACAACCUCUGAAGACCUACAGCCAAGUGAAACUAGCAUCCGGACCUCCAUUGUCCUAGAUAACAACCCUGAAGACUCCUCAUCUGUAGAUGUCACCUUACCUUCAGAAACCAAUUUUUCCUCUAUUCAAAACAUCCUCUCAGAAGAAAAUCUUUCUACCAUGGAAGAAUCAGAUGGAAAGAUCACAAAUGAAGGUGUUUUCUUUGAGGAACCAACCUCAUCUGUAUUCGAUUUAUCUGUAAAACAAGAGAGGGUUCUGUCCCCAGUUCUUCUGACUCUACAGUCCCAGUUGUCUCAGGUGGAGCAAGACUGGGUGGAAAUACAGAAACAUAUUCCUGUCGUCCAACAGGAACUGCAUCAGAGUGUGGUGGAGAGGCUAUCUCCUGAAGGACUGCUGGCUGAUGUGUGUGGCUGGAUUACGGGUGCUGAGAGCAGGUUACAGGCGGCUGAACGAGAGGGUCACAACACCUGUACUGCUGCAGAGUUCACACACCUGCUCAGAACAUAUCAGGGGAUGAAGAGAGAGAUGGCAUGUCAACAGAUGUCUGUUGACUUUAUUAAUCAGUGUGAGCUGAAGCAGGUUGGUUUUGACUCUCAAACUAGCAGGUACAAACACACUGCAUUUGCUGAAAACCUGGGACACGUCAAUCUGCGCUGGAAAACUCUACAGGCUCGCCUGAACACACUGAUCCAACAUGCUGAAAAUGAGGCGAGGAUGUGUGCAGAGCGAGAUAACAAACUACAAAUCCUACAGCGCUGGGUCAAAGGUCAAAAACAAUGGAUGCUAUUGGCUGAAAGACCCAUCAGUCGCUCAUUUGCUGAGAGGAGCCUGAAGGAUUGUGAAGAGCUGGGGGGAAAGUUGAAGUCUAAAUUCUCAGAACUUGCUGAUCUGAGGAAGAGGAGACUUACCACUGAUGAAGAAGACAGGGAUAAAGACUUCCUCCCAAAAGCUCACAAUCUUUCACAAUUUUUGACUGACCUCUCUCAACAGAGUACAGUCCUUGGGGAUACCUUGAAAGAGCUGUGUAAGGUGUGGUCUCAGUUUGAAAGUGGGAGGAGUCAGGCAGUUUUAAACACAAUGAGGAUCUGCCAAUCACUAGAGUACUGCCACGCCCCUCUGCCCUCCCUCUCUGCCCUCCAGAACAGCAUUGAUAAGAUACAGGUCUUAAAAGUAGAGACAAAGGAAAUUGACAGCCAGUGGGAGGAUCUUACCAAGACAACAACAAUUCUUAUUGGUGGAAUUAGCCCAGACUCUGCCCAGGUGUUAUCGGAGCACCUAGAAAAAGAAAAAGCAAGGUGGUCAGAGGUGAAGGAAAAGGUCACCCACACCUUGCAGAGGUCACACAGUCUUCUGAAAGUGUGGCAGAGAUACUCUGAUGUGAGACGCUCCUGCUCAGAGCAGCUCCAACAUCUCAAAGAGCAGCUCAACACACACACCAAAACACCCGCUGACAAUAAACAACUCACACACAGCAUCGCAGAGCUGAAGACUGUAUUACAGAAAUGCUCAGAGACUCUACAGACUGAUUUGAAUGAAGUGCUGGAAGUAUCUAAGGAUCUGAUUGAACAGAUGGUUGAUGAGGAUGCUGUUUUCAUCAGAUCAGAAUGCCGUUUGUUAACACGUGGUUACCUGCAGUUAGAACAGACUCUGAAAGGAAGAAUUGAACACAUGCAGGAGGAUCUUGAGCAAUUUCAAGAAUUUGAAAGGUUAUUCCAGUCCCUCGAAACACAAUUACAGCAGUGGGAAAGCAAGCAACGGAUAGACAGCAAACUCACAGAUAUAUCUCAGUCAGGUCUGAUGGAGGUCAGUUCUCUCUCUCCUGAUCUGGAUCUGAUAAACACACUCAGCUACAGGCUGACCCUCAGUGACGCUGUCACACAUAGGCUUCAGCACCUCAACAGGAAGUGGGCACAGGCCUCCGCACAUGCUCAGGAGAAAUGCAGUGAGUUGCAGGCAGCCUCUCUCCAGCAGCAGAGCUUUGAGCAGAGAUGUGAGAGCUGGCUGGCUUUCCUACAGCGCAUGGAGGACAGUUUGGCUGUAGAAAUCGCAUCAACUUACCCUGGACUGAGAGAACAACAACGAACGCACCAGUGUUUUCAGGCUGAGUUGUCGUUAGGCCAUCAGAUCCUUCACUCUGUGAUCAGUGAAUCUCUCCUCCUGUUGCAGAAGGGAGAUGUGGAGGACAGGGGUGACUUCCUGUUAAAACUGGCACAGCUGAGAGAGCACUGGCAGGGGGCGGUGCAGAGAGCAGCUCAACGGCGGGCUCUAGUGGAAGGGCUCAUACAGCACUGGCAGCUUUAUACACACACAAUGCAGAAACUGCGCAAACUCCUCACACUCACACACACACUCUUGUUGCCUGCUGGUCCCACACACUGUAGUGUCCUGCAGUUGCGCCUCUUGCUGGAAGAUCUGAAGCGAACAGAGCUGUUGUUUCAAAGGUCAGUCUCUGCGUAUCUGUGUGUGAUGGAGGUAGGCAGGCAGUUGUUCUCAGUGAGUGACACACAGACGCAGAUGCAGCUGCAGACAGACCUGGCAGCCCUGCAGGAGGACUGGGAGCAAUGCCAGUGCAUGCUGGGAAAGAGAAAGACUCUCACGUCUGACAUCGUAAAGAAAUGGGAGACCUGUGAGACCAGACUAGCUGAUCAGGUGCAGAGCCUGAAUGAGGUACGAGCCAAACUGAAGCAGUCGAUCCCAGAUCAGCAGGAGGAGAUGGAAGAGGAACGCCUCCUUGUGAAGGAGGUUCAGGAUUGUUUAGAGGAUUGGGCCGUCAGUCUUUCCGAGCUCAGCACCAUGAAGACGGACCUGUCCCAGUACAUCCUCACUGAUGACGUCCUCCUCCUGCAGGAGCAAGUGGACCAUCUGCACUGCCAGUGGGAAGAGCUCUGCCUCAAAGUGUCACUUCGUAAGCAGGAGAUUGCUGAUCGACUGAAUGCCUGGAUCAUUUUCAAUGAGAAGAAUCGGGAGCUGUGUGAAUGGCUGACACAGAUGGAAAACAAGGUGGCACACAGUGCUGAGCUGAGCAUUGAGGAAAUGGUGGAGAAACUCAAGAAGGAUUGUAUGGAGGAGAUCAACCUCUUUAGUGAGAAUAAGACACAUCUGAAACAGCUGGGAGAACAACUCAUCACUGCUAGCAACAAGACCAAAGAAACAGACAUCAAUGACAAGAUCAAGGACAUCAACGACCGCUGGCAGCAUCUGUUUGAUCACAUCGAGGCCAGGGUGAGGAAGCUGAAGGAGACGCUGGUGACAGUGCAGCAGCUGGAUAAGAACAUGAGUAAUCUCCGUACCUGGCUUUCCCGCGUUGAGGGUGAACUGGCCAAACCCAUCAUUUACAGCAUCUGCCACAGUAAUGAGAUACAACGCAAACUAGCAGAGCAUCAGGACUUGCAGAGAGACAUCGAACAGCAUACAGAGGGUGUAGCGUCUGUUUUGACCCUGUGUGACGUUUUGCUGCAUGAUGCGGACGCUUGUGGCAGUGAUGGAGAGAAUGACUCCAUUCAGCAGACUACGCUCAGCCUGGACCGCCGCUGGAGAAACAUAUGUGCCAUGUCUAUGGAGAGGAGAAUGAGGAUCGAGGAGACAUGGCGUCUGUGGUGCAAGUUCCUGGAUGACUACUCACGCUUUGAAGAGUGGCUGAACACGGCAGAACGUACAGCGGCCAACCCUGCCACCAAAGAUGUACUCUACACCUGUGCUAAAGAGGAACUCAAAAAGUUUGAGGCGUUCCAGCGCCAGGUCCAUGAGCGCCUGACACAGCUGGAGCUGGUGAACAAACAAUACCGACGUCUGGCACGAGAGAACCGGACAGAUGGUGCCAGUAAGCUGAAGUUGAUGGUGCACGAGGGAAACCAGCGCUGGGAUACGUUACAGAAGAGAGUGGCCACUGUGCUCCGCAGGUUAAAGCACUUCACGUCUCAACGUGAAGACUUUGAAGGAACACGGGAGGGGAUUCUGGUCUGGCUGACUGAAAUGGACCUUCAGCUCACCAAUGUGGAGCAUUUUUCGGAGAGCGAUAUCCAUGAAAAGAUGCGUCAACUAAACGCAUUUCAGCAGGAGAUCACUCUAAACACAGAUAAGAUCGAUGCUCUGAUUGUAUUUGGAGAGAACCUGAUCCAGAAGAGUGCUCCGCUGGACGCCGUACUCAUUGAAGAUGAACUAGAGGAGCUGCACUCAUACUGCCAGGAAGUAUUUGGCAGAGUCGCCCGAUUCCACCACCGUCUUAUCAGCAGACGCCCAGUGCGUGAGGAGGACCAAGAGUUCUCAGACAGAGACACAGAUCCGGAGGGCUCGGCUGAUUUCAGUGGGGUGUGGGAGAGGGAGGAGGAAGAGGAGGCUGCGAUGAGUUCUGAUGUUUCUCUAACAGUACGCCAGGCCGUGUCCCAGCUGAUACCACCUGCUCUAGAGCACUCAGGGCGUGAGACCCCCGUCAGUGUGGAUUCAAUCCCACUGGAGUGGGACCACACCGUAGAUGUGGGUGGAUCUUCAUCUCCAGAGGAUGAUGAGGAGUUGACGUUCUACAGUGCCCUAUCAGAUGUAGAAGUCACUGAGAGCUCUCAGUCAUUUAUUAAAGCUACAUCUAAAGCUCUGAAGGCUGUGUCCGGGGGAAGGUCAGUGGUGGAGCCGUGGCACUCUCCUGAUGCGCCAGACAGGAAGCGAGCGAACAGAGAAAUCAUACGCAGUCUCACAUCUUCACCCACUGACACCAGCGCUCAGUACCACCCACAGGCCUAUGAUAAACUCAUGUCUGAGUGUGCUGGUAGUAUAGACAGUAUAAAGCGAGUGAAACUGAUUCUGAGCGAGGAAGAACAACUGGACGAUCAUGGUUUGACGGCACUCUCUGCAGCUGAUAAGACGGGUGUGAUCGAGCGAUGGGAGCUCCUGCAGGUGCAGUCGUGCAGCGUGCCACAGGAUCUUCAGCAGUGGCACAAACUCAACUCUGACCUCACUGAUGUCAUGACAUGGCUGGACACUGUGAUGCCUGAGCUAGAGAAGCUUCAAACUCUAGAGCCAAAAAUCACCAUCAGAGACAUGGAGAGCAAUAUCCACAAACUAAAGGACAUGCAGAGGACUUUUAAUGGCUACAAAUCAGUGAUGAUUGGUGUUAAUCUCAGUGGGCGGGGCUUCCAGCACGGAGACAGCGCCGAACUAUGCGAACUGCGUGAGAAUCUGCAGGCAGCCAAUCAGAAAUGGACACAGGCCUGUGCGGCCCUAGACAGCUGGGAACACCGACUGCAUCAAGCACUCAUGGAGUGCCAGGAGUUUCACGAGACUCUUCACUCUCUGCUGCUGUGGUUAGCUAAAGCAGAAAGCCAGCGCUACAUGGUCAACAUCCAUGACCAAAACACAGACCUUAACAUCCUGCAAGAGCAUCGAGACACGCUCAAGGCUGUUCAGCAGGACUUACAGUCUCGUGAGAGGGAGGUGCACUGCCUGCAGGAGAUCUCCUCACAGAUCCUGCUACAGGACCAGGGAGAAGACACUCUGGAGGCCAAAGAGAAGGUUCACGUUAUCAGCAACAAGUUACGACUGCUGAUCAAACAGAUUGCACACGAUCUGCACACGCUGCAAAGCAGACUGGACUCAGCUGAUCCAAAUGUGGGCAGGACAGCAUCAACACAACAGCAGGAAGCCGCAGGAGUUCCGGCUGUUACACGGGGAUCUCCUGCGAGUGUCAGGGCUGACAAGUCUGAUUCGUCCCCAGCGAGGCCGUUCCUGUAUCGUGUCCUACGAGCAGCUUUUCCCCUCCACAUCUUCUUCCUGCUGCUGCUGGUUGUGGCGUGUCUGGUGCCUCUCUCAGAGGACGACUACAGCUGCACUCUCUCCAACAACUUUGCCCGAUCCUUUUACCCCAUGCUCCUCUACACCAACGGACCCCCACCCACAUGAGAACAACUAAACGUACCCUUCACUAACACACAGCCACAGCUCAUUCAGUAGAGGAAAUGGGGCAUAGUCCAAGCCUCUUGGUUUACUCUCCUGUAGCAGAUCCUGUAGCUCUGAUUAAUCUGAGUGAAAGCCCUUGUGUUUGGGAUUCAGUAGAUUGUCCUGCAACAAUCAAAUCUUGUUCCUGGAUCCGAGGACUGUUGCACAUGGAGAGUGAUUUUUUUUCUGAAGCAGUCCGAAACUUUCCUCAUGAUGUAUAUUUGUAUUUUUAGAGAACGGCAAGGACUCCUCAUCAAAGGUGCACUCAUUUUUUAAUUGUAUAGUAUGUAGCAGCACAUUCAUUGAAACAUUGAAAUACUCCUUCACACAAAUGUAUUUAUUUUUGACAUAUAAAUGACAUAAUUGAACCCUAUAGGCUUUGAGUCGGCCUGUAUUGUUUAACUAGAAGCCCUAAGCUGUCUGAGUGAUUGGACUUGCUUGAAUAUCAGUUAUGUUCAUACAGUCUUGUUUCUAGGAGUCAGUGUAAAAUGACUUGCAAUGAUGAAUAUAUUUUAUUUGUAGCUCUCUUAGCUACCAUUUUCUUGGUCAAAGCCAUGGAGGAGAGAUGCAAAGAGGCAUCAGGGUGUGUGCAAAUGUUAUGUUUAAUUUAUUCAGCCUAAAGUUUGGUGGCUGUGAUGCUUUCAUGUGUGUGUGUGAAUAUUGUAAAACUACUGAAAUUAUUUAAUUAUAAUUGGUAAAUGAUCUCAGUGGAGAUAUAAAUUAUAUCUGAUUAUGUUUUAUAGUUUAUAGCUAGAAUUUUUCAGGCAGGAAAAUCUGGUACCCAGAUGUGUUUGUGUCUGGUGUGUUUUGAGCUAAAUGGUUAAGGUGUCUCAGAAACACAUUUCAAAAGUGUCCACAUGGCUGUAUGUGGCUUUUAUUUUAUUUUGAACCUACAGAAAGUCUGGAGAAAGGCCAUUAGUCACUCUUUCACUCAUACUAACUGCCAAAGUGUCAGAGACAGAGUUACUAAAAUAGUGCUGUUCGUCUUGUUUGAUGUUUUUAAUUGGAUUGUUAUAGUAUAGAUUACAUUAUGGGUCAACUAAAAUAGACUAUGAUAUAAAGUAUCCAUUAAUCACAGAAAACAUUCAUUUUAUUAUGAAUUUAUUUUGCAGCAAACCUUGCACUGCCAAUGUCAAACACUGGUUGAAGACAAUAUAAAGAUGUUUGUGUUUUUUUAGUUUGAAGUCAAUUUUCCUACAAAUAAACACCGUACAAAUAUGCACGCGUUCACUUAUUUAAUUCCCACAUAUUUAUUUAAUAUGCAGCUGAAUACAAUAAAAUGUAUUUAGUUUUGCGACCUGUAGAAACUUACUGUUGUGUCAGUGUAUCACCAGUAUAUUUUUCCUGUUUAAAGCUGGUGUAAUUUUUUUUUGUUUAACCAGAAAAAUAAAAGUAGGUCAACCAAUUACACUAGUUUGGGACUGUGUUUGUCCAACCAAUGACAAAUGAGGGAGUGUGUGGGAAAAUGUUUGAAAAAUACUUUCAUGUUGCGUUCUAAACAAGAUAAUG